AUGACAGUUCAAUCACUUUCACCAUUAGCUCAACCACUCAAGAUCGCAUGUUGUCAAUUGAUGGGAUCAACCAACAAGUUGAAAAACCUCGAAAAUGCAAAGAAACACAUCAUCGAAGCUGCUUCAAACGAUGCCAAACUUAUCAUUUUACCAGAAUGUUUCAAUGCACCAUACGCAGUUGAUAAAUUCGAAGAGUAUGCAGAAGAAAUACCAAAUGGAGAAACAACAAAGUUUUUAUCAUCAUUAGCUAAAGAGUUAUCAAUUUUCUUAGUUGGUGGAUCAAUACCAGAACUGGCAUUUGAUGAAUCAGGAAACAAGCGUAUUUAUAACACUAGUGUGACAUUCAAUCCAAGGGGUGAAAUAAUCGGGAAACAUCGUAAAGUCCAUUUAUUUGAUAUGUGUAUUCCUAAUGGAAUUCAAUUCAAAGAAUCUGAUAGUCUCACAGCUGGUAACAAGGCCACUGUUUUCGAAUUGGAAGGAUAUGGCACUGUUGGUGAGGCAAUUUGUUAUGAUAUCAGAUUCCCAGAGUUAUUCAGCAUAGCAUGUAGACCACCAAAUAAUGCAUUUGCAAUGAUUGUUCCAGCUGCUUUCAACAUGUCUACAGGUCCUUUACAUUGGCACAUUUUGGCACAGGCAAGAGCUAUUGAUAAUGAAUGCUUUGUAAUAAUGUGUUCGCCUGCGAGAGACACUGUUAGUGGAGGAUAUGUUGCAUAUGGACGUUCUAUGAUCAUAGAUCCAAUGGGCAAGAUCUUGUGUGAAGCUGGUGAAGGAGAGGAAAUUGUUUAUGCUGAGAUUGAUUCCAGUGUUCAGGACAUGAUGAAAGCUGGGAUUCCCUUGGAGCAGCACAGAAGGUUUGACGUUUAUCAGGACACUAGUAUCGGUGCUAAAGUUAGUGACAUCUGA